AUGACGCUUGGAUCCAGAAGACUGAUAUUACGAGACGGGCCACUGACACCAUUGAAAGCCACGGCCAAGAUCAGAAGCCGAGUCAAAUCCAGCAGCAGAACACGGGAACUGGUCCAGGUGGAAGGCCCCCAACAGGAAGAAUCGCAGCAGCAGCAUCAGCAUCAGGAACGACAGCAGCGACAACAUCGGCGUCACCACCAACAUCAGGUGCCUGAUCAGGCGCAAGAACAACGCAGCAGAGGGAUCAGUGACGCCAGUGCCAGCGCCGGUGCGAACACAGCCAUUCGUGGCAGAGCGCGCGUUACCAGCACGGAAACAGACAGCCGUACGAGUGACAAUCCUGAGCGCCUACGAGAACGAGAACAGCCGGCAAAACCCCCGGCAUAUCGAGAUCCAUCACCGGCGCCCGAAGCCGGACCACGAGCAGGAGCAGAGACAGAAGUACAGGACGAGGAAGAGGAGGAGGAGGAGGAACAGUCUCCGUCACCAGCGAUGUGUGUAGCCCAGGCCAAAGACUCUCAACUGUAUUUUACUCGCAUGCUGACAGCAACAGUGCGAGAAGAACCAUCAGCACCAGAACAUCAUCAGCGUUGCCCGUCCAGUUCCAAGGUCGAAUUCGAAUCGUCCAAGAAUCCGUCUCAGCAUCAGCAUCAACGAGUUCUUCGUCUCUUCCCAACACACGAGGGCGACAGGCAACGGUGGUGGAUCCUGGACUGA